UUCUAGAUUGUGAGUGCACCCUAAAAACAUUGAAGAUGGCUACUGCGCCCGUAAACCUAACCUAAAUUUUUAUAUGCCCUGCGCACCCAAAACAGUGAACGUGGCUAUUGUGCACAUAAACCUUAUUAGGCAGUCUAUGUAAAGGUCCUAGUUUAGGCCUUUCUGGUUUACAAGGGUUUUAGAAGAUAGAUAGUGCACGACAGUGGGCGAUGUCAGGAAGGGUUCUGAAUUUUAAUUGCAGAGAAUAAUACAAUCUUCCAAAGCCAUGGGAAAGAAGAAGAGUUUUUUGAACAAGAAAAAUGCUGCAACAUUCCGCCUGGUUUGCAGAGAUUCAUCCGACGCGGAUCCCUUUGGGUUAUCUGGCCACGCAGACAAAGUUUUUGCUCGUGUUGAUGAUGGCACCAACCAUGUUCCCGGCUUCUCAGAUGACAACCCUAGGCCCCACAUCGCAACAGAUUCUAAUUCCAUUUUUGCAGAUGCCGAAGAAGAGAAAGAUUUAGAUUUAGAAGAAAAUAAUGCAAAGUUUUUAGAUCGAAAUAGUCUUUCAAUCCCAAAUCCAUACAGCGUUGAAGAAGAACGUUCUGGUCCUCUUCCUGAUCAUAUCAGACGAGAAAUUUUAGAGCUUGGUUUACCUGACGACGGUUAUAACUAUCUGCUUCAUAUGAGGGAAAUUAGGGCUUCUGGAGGGGGUUCUUCAUUUGUUCCCAACUCUAAAGCUGACCUCAGUUCCCUGCCUGCUGAUGUCAAGGCUUAUGAUGCAUCUAAAUUACAAGUUCAAGCCCGUAAUGAAGUCGACUUACAUUCAGAAUCUCUGUAUACGGUAAGUUCAAGAACACGCUAUGUUCGCAACAUUAAGAAGGCUGCUGACCCUGAAAUCCUUGGACACCUUGAGAAAAGUGAUUCUGAGGUUGAUUCUGAUGAAGAGCUGGAGGAGGAUUUCAUUAUACAAGCUAAUGAACUGGAAGAAGAAGAGCAAGGAGAAGCUUCUACCAGAUCACCAGAAAUUAGACAAGAGGAUCUUUGUGGCACUCAAUCUUCAAGUGGUCAAGAUAAAUGUGUUGCAUCUUCAUUCGGAAAGCGCUUUGAUGAUGCAUAUGAAUUUCCUACAGGUGGUGCAGCAGGACUUGUGCAGGGCAGUGAAAAACAAAGAACUCCUAGAGUUCUAGAUGAGCAGUUUGAACUGCUUGCUUUACGGGAAUAUAGUGAUGGUGACAAUGAUGGUGCUGAUGUCUUUGACUAUGAUAUUAUGGGUGCUGGUGAUUUUCAUGCCCCUGAAAUUGAUAGUGCAAUGAAAGAGUUUUUGACUAAUAAUUUAGACUAUCAAGAUAAAUACACAGUUCCUGCUGAUGUCCACAUUCUUAGUACUUCAGCAGAAAAUUCAAGGCAGAAUCCAAACAUUCCAACAGCACAUGAUUUUGUCCAAUUCCAAUCUCAGGAUACUACUGUGAAUGAUGUGAUCCGUAAAUGUGCCGAGUAUGCUGAGAUGUAUGCAAAUGAGCCAGAGGAAGAGAAAGAAAUUGUGCUUGUUGAAGAAAGCAGUGACAGUGAAGUGUGGGACUGUGAAACCAUUGUUUCGACAUAUUCCAAUCUUGAUAAUCAUCCUGCAAAGAUAAGUGCUCCUCAAAAGCCAGGUAGGAAGGACCUUUCCGAAAUUUCCCAAACAACUACAAAUUUGAAUGGUUCAAUGAUCUCUCUUCGAGGAAGGCAACAGCUUCCAGUGGGCUUCCUUCCCAACAAGAGGGGUUCUAGUAAGGGGAAAAAGGAAGAAAAGUUGAAAUCUGAAACUAGUUCAAAAAUUCUGGCACAUGCCAGGGUUGGGGAAACACCAGAACAAAAGAAAGCACGGAAGUCUGCAGUGAAGGAGGAGAAAAGGGAAGCAAGAAGAACCAAAAAAGAGCUGAAAGCACUUUAUAGAGGUGAAUCGCAACGUGCUCAGCAUGUUGAUGCUGUUGCUGGACCACCUGCCAUUCAUCUCAUGUAAUGCUAGACUAGGCUUGAACUUUUCCCUGGAGAGGAUGCCAUUGGUAUGAAACAAUUUAUGAAUAGUAAAUUCUUGACCAAAGUUGUAAGUACGGUGAGUGUACUUCAGUCAUAUUUUUCCAAGGUAGGGAUGCUGAUAGAUAUGUCUUUGAGUAUAUGAUAUUUUUGUAUCAAUUGUAAGUAAUGAUUCACUGAUUUUUAUGCUUGUCAACGAAUGCUGUCACACUUUCUCUACAGCAUCUAUUUCUGACAUUAUUGUGGGUAUUUCUGGGUAGUUCAUGCCUAGUAUUGAGCUAUGCAUUUUGGCCUCGAUGUGAGUUUGAUGCCUGAGAAAUAGGGACAAGGGAAGGUGAUACGGAGAUAAGUCAAGAUUCCUCAAACUGAAAGAAAGUAUUUGCAAGUUUAUUUCAACCUUGAACUUGGUCAUAUCUUUUUUAAAACUUGAGUGCUGCAAUUACAAAAACUCAUUGGUCAA